GGUGGGGAGAACGACCGAUAAUAUCCAGUCGUUCGAAACUCUUGCGCAGUGCCGCACGCCCGCGCGCCAUUCCUUUGUUUACGUCGCGAGUCUUUGUUUAGCGCGAUGGCAGCAUUCUUAUUAUAGUUAAUGUUAGUGUGUGAUCCUUACAAAAAUGUUAACGGACGGCUCUGAGUCCCACGAGACGAAUUCUACAUCGUCUGAAUAUUCUCUCAAUAUAUGCUUUGAGAAUAUUAAUUACAAUGUUCGCCACGGAAUCUUGGCGGGAGGCAGAAAAGCAAUCCUGCGCAACAUCAGUGGCACCUUCAACUCCGGCGAGCUGAACGUCAUAAUUGGCCAGUCCGGGGCCGGGAAGAGCUCCCUCAUGGACAUCCUGGCUGGAUACACAAAGCCAACAAGUGGUCAGCUCUACGUGAACGGGCGUGUGCGCGAUGAGGACACCUUCCGGAGACAGUCCUGCUACAUCCUGCAGGACGACCAGCUCCAGGAGAUGCUCACUAUCCAGGAGAACUUGACCAUCGCCGCGGAACUCCGUCUCGGGAAUCAUGUGAGCAGGGAGCAGAAAAAGAAACGGAUAAAAGAAAUCGUGACAUCCCUCUGUCUCACGGAAGCGAGGCACACGAGGGCGGGCCACCUGUCCGGGGGUCAGAAGAAGCGGCUGGCCAUUGGCCAGGAGCUGGUCACGGACCCACCUGUUAUGUUCCUGGAUGAACCUACCAGUGGCGUGGACAGCUUAGUUACGAAAAAAAUAAUGGAGCUUCUCCACCAACUGGCCAGGCAAGGUCGGACGGUGGUGAUCACCAUGCACCAGCCUUCUGCCACCCUCCUGCCCCUCAUAGACCGACUCUACGCCAUGGUGGGAGGAAACUGCGCGUAUAUAGGAUCAGUACAUUCGCUUCUGCCAUUCUUGAGGAAGAUAGACAAGCCGUGCCAACCGUAUCACAACCCAGUAGAACACUUGAUCGAAUUAUGUGGUGAAUGCGAGUACCAGCAAGCGCUCGUAGAGUUCUCUCAAAAUGGAAGGAACAAUGAAUGGAUAAUUAGUACUGAGACUGAAAGUGGCCUUGAUGACAAAAAUAUUAAAUUAUGCAGCAAUGAAGUUUACCUAACCACGUUACCGCCACCCAAGGAAGACCCAACCAACAAAAUUCUAUUAGCUUUAAAAAGUACAUAUUCCACGUCCAUUUGGAAACAGUUUUCAACGUUAACACGGAGAUCUGUUCUGUCAACAUGGCGGAACCCGAGCUUCACAAUGCUGCUCACUCUCAUCCACUGCUUGAUGGCGUUAUUCAUCGGGUUCCUAUUCUACGACAUCGGCCACGAUGCCCGCUACGUGAGGGACAACUACAAUAUGCUGUACUUCAGUCUCAUGUUUCUCAUGUUCACUGCGUUUAGUGCAGUCACUAUUACCUUUCCUCAAGAAAUUCCAGUGGUCAGGCGGGAGUACUUCAACCGCUGGUACUCAACAGCGGCUUACUACAGCUCGACCCUGGUCUCCGCCAUCCCGACCCAGGGCGUGUGUACCCUCACCUACGCCUGCAUUGUGUACUGGAUGACCGGGCAGCCUCCGGAACCUAGAAGAUUCUUCGGAUUCUGCUGGACUCUGCUUAUGGUCUCUGGGGUUGCGCUCUGCCUUGGUCUUCUCAAUGGAGCCAUGUUUAACGUCAAAAAUGGCGUCAUAUUCGGGCCCUUCGUCAUCACACCAUUCACCAUCUUCUCCGGCUUCUUCCUCCGUUACAGUGACGCCCCGGCGUUCGCUCGUUGGGUGUUCCACAUCUCGUUCCUCAAACACGGCCUCGUGGGAUUGGUCUUUUGUAUAUUCGGCAUGGAUCGGGAGAAACUCCCGUGCUCAGAUAUCUACUGCCACUAUCGUCUGCCUGCGCAGUUCCUCAAAGAUAUCGAAAUGAUUGACGAUCCGUAUUUUAUAGUUGUUAUAGCUCUGUUCGCGAUAGGAGCUGGUGUUGUUUUGUUGUCAUAUUUUAUACUUAAUUUUAGAUUGAAGCAUAAAUGGUAGUGUUAGCUUAAUGACGAUUUACCGCCGAAUUGAUACUGUUAUGUUGUGACAGGAUAGCUGUGCCUUCGCGGUUUGAAAUGGUAUGCGGGUUUGUAUGAUCGUUUUUUGAAAUGACUUUAAGGUUGAUAUUUUUAUAUAUAUAUUUUUUUUUUGUUUUAAAUUCAAGGUAAGGUAACGAUUAAAUUUUACACGUUUUUAUGGGUAUGUCCGGUGUUGAAACUUACAUGAUAAACAUAUGGCGAUAUGAAACAGUCUAUACUUACUUACGAAUCUGGUAUUCCUUAAAACAAAUUUAUUUAAAUGGCCAUAAUAUUUUUUUCAUGUUUAAUUAUAGUUGGUUGGUGAUAGAUUCAGUAAGAGUAUUCAUUUUUAGACGGCCAAAAAAUUGGAAAUAUAUACUGGAGUAAAUUUGGAUAGAGAAGCUACUUUUAUUUUUCGUAAUUAUUGUGACUAGUGAAGGGUGGCAAGAGAUCAAACUGGUUUCGAAAAUCCGGUUUCGUGUCAUCGCCUAAAAUAUUUUAAUGUCUUGGUUUUAAUAGAUAAAGUUAGUAUGUUCUUUGACCAUUCGGGUUAUAGUUUUAUACAUUUUUUACAAGUAGUGUUAAGCGGUCGAAUGUAAUAAAUAAUAUUUUGUUUGUAAAAGGUAUUUUUAAACCUAGUGUCAUAUUUUUCAUACAGUCAUUAUUAUAUUAACGUAUUCAUUACUAUAUUAUUUUUAAAGUAAUAUUUGAAGAAAUUAUAUUAUUAUUAAUUAAAUUUUUGUGUACCAAACAUAAUGUAUAAGUAAACAUAAAAAUAUUUUCUUCAUUUGUUGUGCUUAUUUUCGUCAAGUUAAAAGUUACAAUGCAAUUGCCAUGCCAUAUCGCAUACUUAUAUUAUAUGAGAAAAAAUUAAAUAUAAUUUUAAAUAUGUUACAUAUAAAAUAAGUUUAUUAAUUAAUUUAUAUGUGUACAUAAAUGUAUGUUUAAUUUUUAUAAUUUAUAUUACAUUUAAAUUUAUUUUAUUUAAUUACACCUAAAACAAUUUAAUUAUAUUUAUCUAAUAACAAAUUAUUAUAUGGGAUAAAAUCAUUCCACAGAAUUAUUUGCUCAAAUACUAUGGUGUAAAUGGAUGCUGUGUAACUUUUAAUGGAAGUAAGGUAUAAUAAUACUUUUAAAUGACAAAAUGCGAAUAUGAUUAUUAAAAUUGUAGAUAUACAAAUAUCUCUGUGAUAAUUAAGUAAAGAACAACAAUAUAUUAUUAUUCCCAUGGGAAUUAAGGAAGAUGUGUUAGCUUUUAAGACUAAGUUGUGGUUAUAACUAUUUU